AGAGUGAGGCGGGACCGGGACCGGAACCGGGACCCCCGGGAACCGCUGUGAGCGCGCCCAGGCCCCUCCUGUGACCUUCCCGCCGGCCCCGGGAACCUCCGGCACCUCCCCGUGUCCGUCCCCGGGACCCUCCCACUCGCCGUAGGGCAGGACCGAGGCUGUCCCGGUGUCCGGUAUCCCGUGUCCGGUGUCCCGGUGUCCCGUCCGGACCGGCGGGAUGGACCUGGCCUACGUGUGCGAGUGGGAGAAGAAGCCCAAGAGCAACCACUGCCCGUCCAUCCCGCUGGUGUGCGCCUGGUCCUGCCGCAACCUCAUCGCCUUCACCACGGACCUCCGCAAUGAGGAGGAGAAAGAUCUCACCCACAUGGUUCAUAUCAUCGACACCGAGCACCCCUGGGAUGUCUACUCUGUCAACUCGGGCCACACUGAGGUCAUCACGUGUUUGGAGUGGGAUCAGUCAGGUUCCAGGCUGCUCUCAGCAGAUGCUGAUGGCCACAUCAAGUGCUGGAGCAUGACAGAUCACCUGGCCAACAGCUGGGAGAACACGGUGGGCAGCGUGGUGGAAGGGGACCCUGUGGUGGCCCUGUCCUGGCUGCACAACGGGGUCAAGCUGGCUCUGCACGUGGAGAAGUCUGGAGCCUCGAACUUCGGCGAGAAGUUUUCCCGGGUGAAAUUCUCUCCAUCCCUGACUCUGUUUGGUGGGAAGCCCAUGGAGGGCUGGAUUGCUGUGACCAUCAGUGGCCUGGUCACCGUGUCCCUGCUCAAGCCCAACGGGCAGGUGCUGACGGCCACCGAGAGCCUUUGCCGCCUCCGCUGCCGCGUGGCCUUGGCCGACGUCGCCUUCACGGGCGGGGGCAACAUCGUGGUGGCCACGUCUGAUGGCAGCAGCACCUCCCCCGUGCAGUUCUACAAGGUUUGUGUCAGCGUGGUGAACGAGAAGUGCAAGAUUGACACCGAGAUCCUGCCCUCGCUCUUCAUGCGCUGCACCACCGACCCCGCGCGCAAGGACAAGUACCCGGCCAUCACCCACCUGAAAUUCCUGGCCCGGGACAUGUCAGAGCAGGUGCUGCUUUGUGCUUCCAACCAAAACAACAGCAUUGUGGAGUGCUGGUCCCUUAGGAAGGAGGGUCUGCCUGUCAACAACAUCUUCCAGCAAAUCUCCCCUGUGGUGGGAGACAAGCAGCCCAUGAUUCUGAAGUGGAGGAUCCUGUCUGCCACCAAUGACCUGGACAGGGUGUCAGCUGUGGCACUGCCAAAGCUCCCAAUCUCCCUGACCAACACUGACCUGAAGGUGGCAAAUGACACCAAGUUCUUCCCUGGGCUGGGGCUGGCCUUGGCUUUCCAUGAUGGCAGUGUGCACAUUGUGCACAGGCUGUCCCUGCAGAUGAUGGCUGUGUUUUAUGGCUCCUCCUCGCAGCGCCCCGUGGACGAGCCAGCCCUCAAACGCCCGCGCACCACAGGGCCCCUGGUGCACUUCAAGGCCAUGCAGCUCUCCUGGACAUCCCUGGCCCUGGCUGGUGUGGACAGUCAUGGAAAGCUGAGCAUGCUCCGUAUCUCCCCGUCCAUGGGCCACGUGCUGGACAUGAACAUGUCCCUGAGGCACUUGCUGUUCCUGCUGGAGUACUGCAUGGUCACUGGCUACGACUGGUGGGACAUCCUGCUCCACGUCCAGCCCAGCAUGGUGCAGAACCUGGUGGAGAAGCUGCACGAGGAGUACAUGCGUCAGAAUGCAGCCCUGCAGCAGGUGCUCUCCACACGCAUUGUUGCCAUGAAGGCAUCUCUGUGCAAGCUCUCCUCCAGCACCAUCGCCCGUGUGUGUGACUACCACGCCAAGCUCUUCCUCAUUGCCAUCAGCUGCACCCUGAAGUCUCUGCUGCGCCCACAUUUCCUCAACACCCCUGACAAGAGCCCCGGGGACCGGCUCACCGAGAUCUGCUCCAAGAUCACCGAUGUAGACAUCGACAAGGUGAUGAUUAACCUGAAGACAGAAGAGUUUGUCCUGGAGAUGACAACACUGCAGUCCCUGCAGCAGCUCAUCCAGUGGGUGGGGGAUUUUGUGCUCUACCUGCUGGCCAGCCUUCCCAACCAGGGCUCCCCAGUGCGGCCUGGGCACAGCUUCCUGCGCGACGGCGCGUCCCUGGGCAUGUUCCGCGAGCUGAUGGUGGUGAUCCGCAUCUGGGGGCUGCUGAAGCCCAGCUGCCUGCCCGUGUACACAGCAACCUCAGACACCCAGGACAGCAUGUCCCUGCUCUUCAGGCUCCUGACCAAGCUCUGGCUGUGCUGUCGUGAGGAAAAUCACAUCACAGAGCCCGAUGAUGCCCUGAUCGAUGAGUGCUGCCUCCUGCCCAGCCAGCUGCUCAUCCCCAACAUUGACUGGCUGCCCAUCAACGAUGGCAUCAUCAGCAAGCUGCAGAACAAGCAGCUGGUCAGGCUGCAGUUUGGGAAGGCUCCUGGGCUCGUUGGCCACACUGUCUCCUCCCAGUUUGAUGCCUUUGUCAGGGCCCCUGGACAGCCCAAAAUUGACCACCUGAGGCGGCUGCACCUGGGUGCUUACCCAACAGAGGAAUGCAAGUCCUGCACCAGGUGUGGCUGUGUCACCAUGCUGAAGUCACCCAACAAGGUGACAGCAGUGAAGCAGUGGGAGCAGCGCUGGAUCAAGAACUGCCUGUGUGGGGGGCUCUGGAGGAAGAUGCCCCUGAGCUACUCCUGAGCCCUUCCCUGGGGUGCAGUGAGGGCCAGGAGCUGCACAGAGCUCCCUUCAUGGAGGUUUUGGGACAAAGGAAUGGCAGCUCCUCUUGCUCAUGCUGGAAAGCAGAGCAGAGGGGGUUCUGCCUCUUUCCAGGGAAGAGCUGGAAAGGAAUGCCAGAGGUUCCCCCAUCAUUUGGGGCCCAGGAGGGGAGAGCCUGGCUGUGUUUUGUGGCUGUGCCAGCACAGCAGUGCCCUGGGCAGGGUGGUGAUGGGGCAGCUGGUGAGAACAAGUCCCAGCUGAGGGGGCACAGCUGGUACCUGACAUCCAUCCUGUGCCUUGGGGAGUGCCAAGCAUGGGCUGGGCACUCCUGAGCCCUCAGCAAACUUGUCCCUGAGGCAGGAGUUGGUUCCUGUGUGCCCAUCAGGGUUGGGUGGGAGCGGGAAUGUGAAUGCUGCUGCCUGCAGUGUGAAUGCUGCUGCCUUUG